AUGCCGGGGCUCCACUUCAAGGUCUCGGCUGUGCUGCCCAUUGCAGCUUCUGACUACUUCAUCGAGCGUGACAGCGCCGCCUUUCGAUCCCUUAUCUCAAAGAGCAUGAAGGUGGGAUCACUAGAUAUCGUGGACGGCUGGAUGGAGGGGAAGGCGGAGAUCUACAAGUUCGUGACGAUGAUAGAUGUGGAUAAGUACGUGCCAAAGAGCUUCCAGAGGCACUUCGCCAAGCAGGGCCUGCAGUACACCGACAUCAUCACCUAUGACCCCAAGCUCAUUGCCUGCCCGCCCUACCGCCUGCCCGUCAAGAGCAUCGCUCCAAUCCUCCCAGAGAAGUCGCGCAUCGAGUGCAUGCUCACGAUAGAGGACGAGCAGCCCGGUGUGAGCUGCUGCCAGACUCUGGAAGGCGAGGUGGAGUUCAAGCUGUUGGGGCUGGGGCACCUGGCACAGCGAAUCGUGGUUGACAAUCUGGAGAAGGUGUACCAGGGGAUGCCCCUGGUCGUGCAGAGGUGGGUGGACUUCGGGAGCGAGGUGUUGCAGCACGAGGGCGGCAGGGACAUUCUGUUCUCUGGCCGUCCGGACAACCAUGGCAUCGGGUGGAUUAGUAACCGCAUCACUGCGAUGGUGCAGGCACCUUACAGCAGGCAGCAGUUGGAGGAAGCUGCCCAGCCGGGCAGUUCAGCUGCCCAGGUGGCCCUUCCAGCUGGCAGAGCUGCCGUGCCUGACCAGGCAACGUCCAGUCAGUCUGGACAGUUGCAACCCAGCACAGCGGCGACUGAGGCAGGAAGCUAUGGAGAAGCUGCCCAGACGACAGAAGCUGCAACAGCAGAUGGACAGCAAGAAGGAGGGGAGGACGAUGUCUACUAUGAUGCUCUAGACGACUGGGCCUGGGCAGAUGAAGAGGCCAUGUUGGACAGCUGCGCAGCCACACAAGCAGCUGUGAGGACAGACCACGCGGCGGCUGCUGUGUGGAUCCGGCAAGCCUCGCAGAAGAGACUCGGGAUUUCACGCAUUGACAUCACAGCCGCAGCUGACACCAACCACACACCAAGCGCUCCCGGCGAUACCCAUCCAGAUGGGACGCACAAGCACCGCACCGCCAUGGGCAGGCGCUUCUCCAAGACAUUCCACAUGAACCAGGCUGCCUGGGACAAAUUUUUGGGACCAGCACCAGUGCCCAAUUUGGCUGCCCGCCUGUCACACCUUCUUCGUGUGGCCAUAGCGUGGGGCCUCGUCAGUAGCCGCAGCUCAUCUCCAUCCUCUCCUGGCGCCAGAAGCUCUGGUGAUCUGGGCAGCAUCGGCCGCGCCGGGAGUGCCGCAGCCUUGCGCGUCGGGCAGUUGAUCAAGCAGUGCAGCAGCCUGGUGGCGCGUGGGGAGGAAAAGUAG